AUGGUCAUACUGAGGGACAAAAUGCGUUUCUAUGAAGGUCAGAAGCUAUUGGACUCCUUGGCAGAGACGUGGGACUUCUUCUUCUGUGAUGUUCUGUCUAUGCUUCAGGCUAUCUUCUACCCAGUACAGGGUAAGGAGCCGUCGGUGCGGCAGCUGGCCCUGCUUCACUUCAGGAACAUUAUCACUCUGAACAUCAAGCUGGAGGACGCCCUGUCCCGCCCCCGCGCCCGUGUCCCCCCCUCUAUUAUACAGAUGUUGCUUAUACUGCAGGGUGUCCAUGAGUCUAAAGGAGUGACUGAGGACUACCUGCGUCUGGAAGCUUUGGUUCAGAAGGUGGUGUCUCCCUACCUGGGAACCCACGGCCUCUACUCCAACGACGGAUCCUCAAUGCACUACUCCUCCUGCGUACUGGAAAAACGUCUGCAGCGGCGGUGGCUCAAGCCAGGCGACGCCCCCUCAAAGAACCUGGUGGUCCGCUCCAAGUCCUACAAUGUGCCCAUGUUGACACCUGUGGUGGAGUAUGAUGCCGAGACAGGCUCCGUGAGCAGCAUGGGCAUCCGCCGCCAUUCCAUCUGCGAGAUGACUUCCUGUCUGGAAGAAGGCGCCACCACCGACAUCACCACCAGUUCCUCCCUGGCCUCCGCGGCCCAGCCGAGCCUCUCCUGCCUGGAGCAGGAGCUCAGCCUGACAGCGGUGGGAGGUGGUGGAAGUCUGGAUCUCUGUGGGUCUGUGGGGUCUGGGUCUUUGGGGUCCCACCUCCAGCCCUCCAUCCCCUCACCCUCCAUCUUCCAGGACUCCCACUCCCCUGGACCCUUCCUCCACGGCGGGGGGGAGUCGAUAGUGUCCCCCUCGGUUCUGUGUCCGGCCCGCUCUGGUUCGGAGACGGGGUCUAUCCCCAGCUGUUCCUCCAGCCCGGAGACGGUGGUAGAUCAGAUACUAGACUCUAUGGAUUCUGACCCUGAUGGCAUCUUCAUAGACUUCUCCCACAACAGCUGCUCAGACUCUUCAUCCUCUGGUUACAGCAGGGAGAGUGGUAGACAGAGUGUGGUGUAAUUUGGGGUUGCGAAAUUCUGGUAACUUUUCCAAAAUCCCAGGUUUUUUCUAAAUCCCAGUUGGAUGAUCUCGGAUUGCUUGCUUAUUCAAUACUGAUUUCUGGAAACUCUGGGAAUAGUGGAAAAGUUUCUGGAGGUUUGCAGCCCUACUUCUGAUGGAUCUAAAGGGAAUAUCACAAAUACUGGCACCAUCGGUACCCCACACACACCGUUGUCUCUAAAAACACACCGCUCUUUCUAGGGUCUCUUUUUCAUGGAAUAUUUCUACAGUAAACUGUACUAUGUGUUUGUAUUACUGAUGCUCAGUGACUGACAACUUUGAAACAGUCUGAGGUGUCUCUUCAAGUCUUAUGAAAGGUCCAGUGGAAAGGAGGAGAGAUCAAUCAGCACUAGCUGCACUCUCUGGGAUGACCCCCACCUGGUUCACCAGAGGUCAUGAGUUCACUGCUUUCUCAACUCGUCUCUUGUUCAGGUGUCAGUGGUAGUGGUGAGGAGAUAGAUAGGAUUCCAGUGUUCACGUGUCUCAUUUUAAGCAGUAGGCAUCAUGUAGGCCUGGGUGAGAUUUCUGCCACAUUCAUCUGUGGCUGGGCUUUUGUCUCGGCUUUAACAUUGCCCCCGUGUGGACGGGAUGUGCAAGUGUCUGCGGCGCCAGAGUCAAAUCUCAAUGUCAAAUACACAAAGAAAUGUGUUUGAAACGUGAAGGAGCUGGUGGCUCAGUGGUAAGGAUUUCGCCCCAUAAGCAUGGAGUUGUGACAUGGGCGUUUCCCCUCUUGUGAACAGCAGCAGUUAUGGAGGAAAACCUCUGAAAAACAGUCUACUUUUUCAGAGGUUAGUGAACACAACACACCCUGAUCCAGAGCUGUGACUGAACCAGCAACAUAUGGGGUGAGAUCUUUACACCAGAGCCUCAUACUCCUUCACAUGAUGAACAUUUCUCUUUGUAAUUUUGACGUUGACAAUUGCAGAAAUGUUCACAAAAACCCAUAACCUUGAACCUCAAAGCCACAGACUCUCACACUUCAAGCUCUACUUACUAGGAUCAAAAUAGUUAAACACAUGCCUUCUCUCUCAACUAAUGAUUUAGUAUCACGUCUGAAAUUAUUAUGAUCGUUUGUAUUCUAAAUUACUUUGUAUGACACAGUCAUGUACAGCUAUGGAGUUGGCUUUAUGAACGUAUUGCUGUUAAUUAUUGUAGCGCUUGAUGGACAAGUCAUUAUGAUUUGAUCUCAUGAUUAUGUUCAACUGAACCUCAACUCAAACUUGACAUUUAAUGCGGAAGUUUUUUGGUCUGUUCAUUUUUUUUUUAACGAAGAUUAUGGGCUUGAUUCAAUCCGUAGCGCUGAAGAUAUACGGAGUAGCGCAAUUACAAUUUUAGACUGACCCGACAUAUGCAGUCUCUGCAAACAUUGCCUUUACAUUUCAAUGGCGCUAUACAGGGGAUCUCCAGCGCUAUGGAUUGAACCGAGCCCUAACAUUGCCUAAAUAGCAAGUAUCACACAUGAUUAUCCUACAAGGAAAAUUUGGUAUACAGAUUUUUAAUAAGAUGAAUAACUUUCUACAGGUCUUUUCUUUUUGUGACAACCAUUGGUCCUGUUCAGGCUGAUGUGUAUCCUGAUAGAUAUUACGGUUGACAUUAUUUAUAUGUCAGUUUAUGUCAAUGAUGAUUCCCAUCAAGACAUAAGAUCGCUUGAUUUGAUCGAGUGUCUCUACAAGGGGUGGUAUACAUGAAGAAAUGUAAUGUAUAUGAAAUAUGUUUUAAGUUAAGAAAGUGUUCUGCAAGGAAUGAAUUAUGGGUUUGCAUCCCAAAUGGCACCUUAUUCCUUACGUAGUGCACUACUUUUGAACAGGACCCAUAGAGGUCUGGUCAAAAGUAGUGCACUAUAUAGGGAACAGGUAUUGGUAUGCAGCCAUGAUGAAAUCUAAACUGUUGUUUUGCUCAUAUGAUGUAUGUAUGUAUGGUUUGACAACGAUGAAAUGCAGUAUGGAGGAAGAAACUAAAAGUUGAGUCUGUGACACAACAAUGUCCAUUUUUAUUUUUCUUAUAAACACCUAGAACUGAUAAAACAGACCAGCUCACAAAAAGUAGUUUUUUUUUCCUUCAACAUAAAUAUGCAGACUUCCUUUGAAAACGGAAUCACAACGCAAACAAAUGUGCGUCUGAAAUGCCACCCUAUUCCCUAUAUAGUGCACUACUUUUGACUAGGGUUCUGGUCAAAAGUAGUGCACUAGGGAUUAGGGUGCUAUUUCGGACACGUUCAGAGUAAUUUUCUAAAUAAAUUUUUCAGACUCAAGUAACAGCAAAUUGUUUCUUUUCUCUCACAACUACAAAUAAUGAGUAACCAUCUUUACAACAAAAGGAAAGAAAAAAAGCCCAAUGCCAGAGAAAGAAAAAGAAGCAACAUCAAA